AUGGUGUCUCAUUGCCUUCGUUACAGUAUGAUUUAUGUAAUCCUUGGAAUUUCUGAAGCUAUUCCUGUCUCUUCCAUUCUUGGUAACUCCAUGAGAGGAAGGAAGAUGCAACUUAUAAGUGACAAAUACGGUGUCGCCUCUUUGAUUACUCUUAGUAGUGGGCUCCAUUUAGCAGCCCUGGCAUCUCUGAAAGGAGACAUAGUGGAGCUUAAUAAUCGUCUACAGCAAACAGAAAGAGAAAGAGAUCUCUUGGAAAAGAAAUUGGCAAAGGCACAGGGAGAACAAUCCCAUCUCAUGAAAGAACAUGAAGAUGUUCAGGAACAAAUGACCUUGCGCUACGAGGAACGAAUCACAGAGCUGCACAGCAUCAUUGCUGAGCUAAAUAAGAAGAUUGACCGCCUGCAAGGAACAACAAUCAGGGAAGAAGAUGAGUAUUCAGAGUUUCGAUCAGAGCUCAGUCAAAGUCAACAAGAAGUCAAUGAGGAUUCUCGAAGCUUGGAUCAAGACCAGACAUCUGUCUCCAUCCCUGAGAAUCAAUCCACCAUGGUCACCGCUGACAUGGAUAAUUGCAGUGAUCUCAACUCAGAACUGCAAAGAGUACUGACUGGUCUGGAGAAUGUCGUCUGUGGGAGAAAGAAGAGUAGUUGUGGGCUCUCAGUGGCUGAAGUGGACAGACAUAUUGAACAGCUCACCACUGCAAGUGAACACUGUGAUUUGGCUAUUAAGACAGUUGAAGAGAUUGAAGGAGUAUUGGGUAGGGAUCUCUAUCCCAAUUUGGCUGAAGAGAGAUCUCGAUGUGAAAAAGAACUGGCUGGCCUAAGAGAAGAGAAUGAAAGCCUGACUGCCAUGCUGUGUAGCAAAGAGGAAGAACUCAACAGGACCAAAGCCACCAUGAAUGCAAUCCGGGAGGAGAGAGACAGGCUACGAAGAAGGGUUCGAGAACUACAAACACGCUUACAGAGUGUCCAGGCAUCGGGGCCCUCCAGUCCAGGUCGUCUCACCUCUACUAACCGACCAAUUAAUCCCAGCACUGGAGAGCUGAGCACCAGCAGCAGCAGCAAUGACAUCCCCAUUGCCAAGAUUGCUGAGAGAGUGAAACUGUCGAAGACAAGGUCAGAGUCUUCCUCAUCUGAUCGGCCCAUCUUAGGAUCGGAAAUCAGCAGUAUAGGGGUAUCUGGCAGUGUGGCAGAGCACCUAGCCCACUCUCUGCAGGACUGUUCCAAUAUCCAGGAGAUUUUCCAGACCCUCUAUUCACAUGGAUCUGCCAUCUCAGAAAGUAAAAUUCGAGAAUUUGAAGUAGAGACGGAGAGAUUAAACAGUCGAAUAGAGCACCUGAAAUCUCAGAAUGAUCUGCUGACCAUAACACUGGAGGAGUGCAAAAGCAAUGCUGAGAGGAUGAGCAUGCUGGUGGGGAAGUACGAGUCCAAUGCCACAGCUUUGAGACUUGCCUUGCAAUAUAGUGAGCAAUGCAUAGAAGCCUAUGAACUCCUGUUGGCACUAGCAGAAAGUGAACAGUCUCUUAUCCUUGGACAGUUCCGAGCAGCAGGUGUGGGAUCUGUUGGGGACCAGACAAGAGAUGAAAAUGUUACCCAGAUGCUCAAGCAUGCUCACGAUUGCCGGAAGACAGCUGAGAAUGCCGCCAAAGCCCUGCUGAUGAAGCUGGAUGGGAGCUGUGGGGGAGCAUUCGCUGUCCCUGGCUGCAGCGUGCAGCCUUGGGAGAGCCUUUCUUCCAACAGCCACACCAGCACAACCAGCUCCACCGCUAGUAGCUGUGAUACGGAGUUCACCAAGGAAGACGAGCAGAGGCUAAAGGAUUAUAUUCAACAGCUCAAGAAUGACAGGGCAGCUGUCAAGCUGACCAUGUUAGAGUUGGAAAGCAUCCAUAUUGAUCCUCUUAGUUACGAUGUCAAGCCUCGAGGAGAUAGUCAGAGACUAGACCUAGAAAAUGCAGUGCUGAUGCAGGAGCUGAUGGCGAUGAAGGAGGAAAUGGCUGAGCUGAAGGCCCAAUUAUACCUACUGGAGAAAGAGAAGAAAGCUCUUGAACUGAAGCUGAGUACUCGAGAGGCCCAGGAACAAGCGUAUUUGGUGCAUAUUGAACAUCUCAAGUCUGAGGUGGAGGAACAGAAGGAACAAAAAAUGAGGUCACUCAGUUCCACCAGCAGUGGAAGCAAAGAAAAAUCUGGCAAGGAGUGUAUGGAUGGAGCCUCAUCUGUGCUGUCACUAUCUGAGCUGAGGACAACAUUCAGCGAGAAUGAUUUGGCAGCAGAAGUUACCAACGCACUGCGACGGGAGAAGAAACUGAAAGCCAGAGUGCAGGAGCUGGUGAGCGCCUUGGAAAGACUGACGAAGAGCAGUGAAAUCCGACACCAGCAGUCUGCUGAGUUUGUUAAUGAUCUGAAAAGAGCUAACAGUAACCUGGUGGCUGCAUAUGAGAAAGCAAAGAAGAAGCACCAAAAUAAACUGAAGAAGCUGGAGUCUCAGAUGAUGGCCAUGGUGGAGAGACAUGAAACCCAAGUGAGGAUGCUCAAGCAGAGAAUAGCUCUGCUGGAGGAAGAAAACUCAAGGCCCCACACCAAUGAGACCUCACUUUAAAAGACUUUCAGGCACCAAAAUUCUGCCCACAGAAGCUAAUCUGGAAAGAAGGACCAGGAGAGUUAAACGUACCUGCCGGGAUGUACCAAAAGAAGGCUGGCAGGUAGGGGCAGUAUCUGUCAAGUUGACCUCUACCCAAGGGCAUGGUCUUGUCAGGUCCUCUUGGAGAGCUUCCCAAGAGACAAUGGUGGUUGGCCACAUAUGUACUGUGCUUAAAGAGAAUGCACCUCACACCAAGGUCCAAAGGAGAAACUGUCAAUGAUAAAUAACAUGUUUCUUAUGUUCAGGGUACCCUGGCCUACAUACUUCACAGAUGAUUGAUUCUGACAGAUUGGUUUUCAGCUUUCCCUCUCAUCACUCCCACCCCACCCACCGGCAAAAACAAACAAACAAAAAUACCUUUUGCAGUCUUGGAGAUACUAUAUAAACUGAGUUAUUUGGUUUUCAGUAAUUUCAGUGUUUUCCCUUUUUUUGCCCAGGCAGUGGGCCCACUUUUUUUCCCCCUGGCAACUCCAGUUCCUUUAGCUUUCCACCUAACUAGAGGUUAAGUCCUGACAUAAUAUGGGGCAAGUGUAUGUUAUGGUCUCAGGUGCCUAAGUGGUGCUUAUUGAGAUGAAGGCUGCAGUUCUCUGGCUGUCCUUCAUAUUUGAAAUUUAUUUUGCAACUCCAGAGGGUCUCACCUAAGUGGCCUUUCAUAUUUCUGAAGCAGAAAGAGUUGUCGACAUGUCUCAUGUCAUUCAGAAUGUGUGUCAGUCACAAACAACAAGGCCAGGUCCUUUACUGGAACAAUAUAAUCUGGAAACAAUAGAAAUUUAACAUCUGUCCUGCUAGUCCCUGGAGUUGAGAAGGGAGGCCUAUGUGAAACCUGCCUUUGUGAAUUUGGGAUUUGAACUCUCACCUCACCCCUCCUUCCCACCAAAAAAAAAAAAUGUAUUAAGUAGGUUACUCUUGGACACUACAGUGUAAGCAAAAUGUUGUAUUUUUGUGGAUUCCUCAAAAAAGACAUCUCUGCACUUUCCCAAAACAUUAAAUAUAUAUACCCAUAGCUCUGGGUAUGUGUUGGAUUAAAUACAUUUUGGCAAAGCUGUGCUAAAGGAGGCAGUUUUUGAUAUAGAAGGUGGAAUCCCCAAAUCCAAGGCACUUUUCUCCAUAUUUUCCCAUUAUACUUGUGAGCAAGAGCAUGGCUUGUGGUCUCUUCAGUCAGGGAAAGUGGAGAUUAGCACACAGUGACUAGAACAGGUAGGAAGGGCUCAGAUGAAGAGAUUAUGAGGCUAAAAGGGAUGCACAGUUGCAUCCCUUUAGGUUGCAAAACUUCUUAGGAGGUUUUCUCUUAGGUUAAAUUUGGAAUUAUUUUUUGUUUUUACUAUUGAGAGUUUUCUACUCCCAUCUCACAUACAGUAGAUGCUUAAUAAAUGUUUUGAAUUCUUAACCUUUCUACCAUCUUAAUCUCAUUUCUUCUGAUUAGCUCUCCUUCACUGACAUUUUCAAAUUUAACUUGUGUCUGGGAUAUAGUGAUUUUUAAAGGCCCAAUCUCAAAUUAGCCAAUAGCUAAUCCUGUAAUGGCAACAUAUGAGAUUCCAUCCAAAGCUAUUUAUGAAGUUUUUUGUACUAUCACAGCUCGGUAUAAACUGAAGUACAUGUAAAUAGUGAAUGAUUAGGUAGGGAGCAGAAGCUGAAAUUGGUCUGUAGUUCAUCCUGCUAUGAAAAAAUACAGGAUUUAUACUGAAUGAAAAAGGUUGAGGAUUCUAGCUAUAGAGGAAGAGUUCAAUUGAACAAAUAUUCACUUGGCUGCAUUAUACUAACUGCUAGGGACCGAACAGAAUGAAACAAGACAGCCUAUGCCCUCAGGGAACUUCCAGGAAAUAGGAAAUGUAUAAAAAUAAGAAAUGUAUUUGUUUUAUUUAAAGGGAAACUGUGCCCAUGAGCUUGUGUCUAAGAUCAAAAACAGGGAGGGACCAGCUCUUGGUUUCUCUACAAAAAUAAGAACUAGAAGCCUCAGUCUCACAAGACUAUCAGAGCUAGAAAGCACCUCAGAGAUCUCUGGGCCAAGUGUCUUAUUUUUGUGGGGAAAUGCAAGUAAAAUGGCUUGCUUAAGGUAAGUAGCAAAGCCAGGCCUUAAACACAUGUCUCUUGCUUUUUUCUACUACAUCACAAAGUACUGAAGUUAUUGACCACACUGUGCCAUCUGUUCCCCCAAAAAACUACUAGUUGAUUACUCAGUCGGUAAUGCAAGCCAACAUUAACAGUCCCUUCCUAUUCUUAUUAAUAAUAAUAGCUAGCAUUCAUAUGGUGCUUUAAAGUUUUACAAAGUGCUUUAUUAAUAUUUUAUCCUCACAAUAGCUGUGUAGAUGGAAACUGAGGCAAACAGAAAUUAUAUUAAUUACCCAGAUCAAAUAGUUAGAAAAUGUCUGAGGCUAGAUUUGAACUCAGGUUUUCCUGACUUACAUCAGGCCCAGCAUUUUAACUGCCCCUUUGUAAAUAUACACUAUAAACAUACCACUUAAUAUAUUGGGUGAGAAACUUCCAGGGAAAAAUGGAAUAGUGUUGCUUUCACAGUUGUCUAAGGAAGUAUGGCACAAAAGGGAUAAUUUUUCUUUCCCAAUACUUGAAAAGAGUAAUCUCCAGCCAAAGCUAGAACUUUUGACAGUUCAUUUAAAAUAUAUUUUUUUAUUUUAUUUUCAUUUUUUUAAUUUCGGGGAGUGGUCCAGACUUGUGCUUUCAGUUCUGUGAAAAGUUGCUUCAUUGAUAUAGACCAGCAACUCCUCUGUCUGCAUCUUAGUCAGUGUCUGGGGCAUGAAAAGGAUGACUUAUUUGCCCACAUUCAGACAUAGCCAAUAGGUGUCAGAGGCAGGAAUGGAACCCACCUCUUCCUGCCUCAAAGCCUGCCCAUGCCAUGGUGCCUCUUUCAUGGUUACAUUUACUCAAACACUGAUUCCAAAUAUUCAUGAAAAUUGGUGCUAAAGUCUUGUAUAAUAAAUUAGGUCCACUUUAAUUUUUUUUAAAUUAAGCAUAACAUUAUGUUUUAACUGAUUAUCUCUGGUUUGGGUAGGGUAUAAACAAUAGGAUAGUGACAAAAGUCUAUGGUACCUUCCAGUUAUAGGAUUUUGUGACAGUUAUUUGACCAGGAAUCCUUUAUUUCUGUUUUUCCAGGUUCCAAACUAAUAUCUGUCAGAUAAGCAUUGUGUCAUUAUUAUAGUUCUAAUUUACUGUUAUCAAGGUGUAUAAAACUUUAGAGCCUCUCCUCACCCUCCAAAAACAAAAUAAAAUACAUGGUUUGGUUUUUUUUUCCUCCCUGAUUUUAUUCCCCUUAUGUUUAAAGUAAGCUGCCCUGCCCCCUCCUUUACUAUUUUCACCAGGGUGAGGUGGGGAAGCAUAUUUCUUACUUUGUUAGGGCAUUGCUAUAACAAAUGUUUCCGUGGGCUAGAGACAUUGAAUAUAGUCAGAUACCUUUUUCAUUCUUGUCUAGUGAUGGGUAAAGAGGGUGUUGAAAGGGAGGGGAGUGUGGUGGGGAGACACCAGCCCAGGGAUUUCACUAUAUCACUGCAGACCAGCCCCAGUCUUAGCUGCCUGGGAACCCAGAGGCAAAAAAGUACAUCAAGAAAAGAUCUUUCCUUUGACUCUAAAGUUAAUAAUCCUCAAGCUGUAAUUGUUUUUUUCCCUAGACUAGCCUUUUAUAGAAACUGGAAUGGUUAAGAGAAGAGAUGCCUAAUUUUAUUUGUCCUCUUUGAAAAAACAAACAAAACUGUAAAGAAUAGAUCAACACAAGAGUCUGAUUCUAUACCCUUGGAUUGGUUUUUGAUGUACUAUUAAGACCUUAAGUAUACUAGAUUUUAAUAACCUUUAAUACUUCCUGUCCCCUUAAAGCGGCAUGUAUUCUAAUAAAAGAGCCUUUCAAGGAACAAAAGAUUUACAUAAAAAGGUAUGUAUUUACAAAUCUUUUACCAGUAUUCAUGUGCCUAAAUUGUUAGGUGCCAGACUCUAGCUCUUUGCUGCACGUUUGGUGGUAGACAAUAAUACCAGUUAACUAACUCAUCUGUUCUGCAUCAAAUUUGGGGCCAAUUGAAUAUGCUGGUUUAAUUCUUCUUUCACAUACCCUGUGUAUGUCCAUAACCUGGGCUUAUAGAGAGCUUAGUGAAAAGGACUCUCUGGUGAGAGCCAAGAAACUCAACCUCAAUUUAGAGUCCCCCUUUCUCCAAAGCUGUAAGGGAAUACGGAAAAUAUUUUUAAAACAAGCAAACCUGGAACUGUUUGAAACUAUCCUGAUUUUCCUGGCUGCAGCCAGGUGAACGGCUUUUCCUAAAUAAAAAAAUUGUCCCACAUAUUUUUUAGGAAGCAUACUUCAGUGUAGCCCCAUAUCCUAGGAGCUGUUUUACAAUACCUUACUUACAGUAAUUCCCUGAAGGAUAAAAAAAAUUGUCUUAUAAUUCUUCCUAAAUUCCUUCUGGUUCAUCCUUGCCACAGUAACUGGGUUACCUUUUGUUUUUACAGAGUUACUUAAUUACCGAGUUAAUUCUUUUUCUUAAGGGAGGGAGGGAGGGGGGAAUGUUUUGGGUAGGUGAAAGUUUUCAAACUUCACAGGGACACAUAAAUAAUGUUUUUAUGAUUUUCUCAGGUAGCAAUGCUGGAAAAGAUGAUUCCUUUACACAGUAACCUUUUUUUCCCUUUUUUUACUCUGUGGAACCUACAAAAAAAAUUCAUUUACACACAUCAAUUAAGAAAGGAACUGACUGACACUUUACGCUGAGAUUUGCAAAUAUUAUCUAAUAAUUCCAGGAGUUAGCCAUUGUUUAGGGGGGUUUUUGCUAUGAAAUAAAGAGAAGUGUUUAUUGCCAAAAAUGUCUUUAUAAAAGUAUACCUGGUGACUUACUUUUAAAAGUAUUUCUUUUCUUAAAGUACACCUGUAUGCUGACAAGUCAACUUAAAGUGUAAAGUGUUCUCCCUAUAUAUUAAGCCUUAAAUUAAUUUACAGCAACUUUAUUCUAUAAUUAUUUAUGUUUAAUACCACAAAUAUCAAUCUCUACAUUUAACUGACAAUUUUAGAAAAACUACUAUUUAGACUUCCUUGUGUUGUUUGUUAAAUUCACCCUUUUGUUACAGGGUCUAGGAACAUUUAUACAUAUAUAAAAUAAAUGCUCCUACGUGCAGGUAUGCUGAGUAAGUAAACUGACCCUCUGGAUUAAAUAUAUAUAAGUUAAUGGUUGUGAAAUAGAGAGAUUUUAUAACCUGAAAGUAAAGUAAUGAAACUUGGCCAUCAGUUGGGGAUGUGCCAUUCUCUUACCAAUGAAAACAACUUAAUGCAUUUGGCAAACAUUAACAAGGGCCUUUGUUACCAUGAAUAACCCAGUCAUCUUAAAAUAGCAGCUCAGCAGAACAGAAUAAGCUAUAGGUCUGUAACUCCUCUGAGUAUUAACUGGAGUGCAUGUAGACAAAUCUAGAGUUGCUACAGUGGCAGCAACUGGUUGUAAUAUGUGCUGUUAGCUGGAAUAUAUAAAAUUCAUUUAAUUUUCACUGUGACUCACAAAGCAAAACCUCUUAUCAAUCUUACUAAUACAGUCAAUAAAACUAAUUCACUUAUCUAUUCCUAAUAAAACUUUAAAAUGUUUGUAUCUUAUUUGCUUUGCAUGAAAGCUUAGUUUUCCUGUUAUUUUUUUUUUAAAAAUGUUCUACUUUUAUAUCACUCAAAUUAGAAUUGUUAGAAAAUUUACACCAGCUUGAAUGUAUUGUCUAUGAUUAAAGCACAUGUGACUGUUUGGAUUUGUCAGUAUUGUUCAGUUGUAUUAAGUGUUUCAUUUACAAGUUGUCACUUUACACUGUACUAUACCUUGUAAUUUUUGAUUCUUCACCUGUAUGUUUUAAGUGUUUCCAGUUACCUUUAGUUUUAGCUGCUGUAUAAUAGCUAUUGUGUUAAUAUAGAAUUGUAAAAAAAAAACCAAUCUGCAUUUAUUUAUACAGAGACAUUUAUAAUACUUAUUUUACAAAUGUUCUUAUAUUCUGAAUAAAUAUUUCUAAUGCCAUGA